AUGCCAUUGUUUGGAACACCAAAAAAGCCUCUUCAAAAACGAGGUUUUGGACAAGCCCUCGAGAAAGGGUGGCCAGGGAACAAGCCAAUAUACCAUUUAGCCAUCACUAACGAAGUAUUUGAUGAUUAUGAAGAAUAUGUUAAUAGAGCAAUCAUGUAUAAACUACAAAUUUGGAGUUGUCAAUACAGUGGAAAAGACAACAUGACCUAUGAGCAAGCUCUUGAAUGUGAAAAAGAACAAAAAAUCAAGCACCUUUUCAAAUUCUAUCCAAGAUACAUACUCCGUCAUAUAUGCUACAUGAUUCACCACUGCAAAAGAGGAGAAACAGUGCAAGACUUGGUGCAACGGAUAUCUAAAUUUUUCGAAUACAACUUUGUUGAAGGAGAAGAACUUUUUUGCGAAUUGGAUACAACUAUUUCUGUUGUGUUGAGAAGAAUUCUCUUGAAAAAAGCCAAAUAUUAUGUGGAAGAUCCAAAUUUUCCUCCAUUCUCUACUCCCUUGUAUAUAACGGACGCCGAACAACAUCAAAUUGAAGUAUUCCAUCAAACAAAAGCACAAGAACAUUACUAUGAUUAUGAUCCAUCAAAUAUAGGGUUCGGAACUCAAGGAAAACUUUAUGAAGUGGAAAUUUUAUCCAACAACUCUCCAUUUGAAAAUCGAGUAAUUGUUGUGUAUUAUUCAGUGCUCCUGAGAAAACAAAUCUCUUUAGUCGAAUCACCUGAAAAGCUUACACAAUGGAUAAUGGAGAACACUUUUUACGAUGAAUCAUCGGGUUGCAUUCGAUUGAAACAGGAGUUUGUGGAUUAUUUCAAAUUAGAGCCACAUCAAUCUAGAACAGAUAAAAUUCCAACAUUUCAAAAGAAUUUGGAGGAGGAAAUGGAAGACAUUACUAAAUUCAAAAAAGGACUUGUUCGAUCUGUGAACGAUCUGAAGUAUCACCAUGUCGACAAGUUUGGAAAAGUCAUGACAGAUAUCAAGGAAAUUGAACAGUCGCUUAGAGCAACUUCCUCAUCUAGUUUUGAACCUAGUCAAUCCAAUAAUGUUUCUCAAAAGAAUCAUGUACAUAUAGGAAUGAAUGGAACUGAACCAAAGAAUGUUCAACCCGCAGUUAAUCCAUUAUUAUUGCCAAAAGAAGAUGGUACAAUAUUGGACGAAUACAUUACAUCUAGGAGCAAAACAAAAUCAGAUAGUAACUUUCCUAAACCUCAUUAUGACUAUGUUUUAACACAUGUGGAAUCUAUUCCAGAAGCUUUAAAUGUUUUUAACUUUUUGAACGUUUUUAGAGCUCCAUUGAAAAUUUUACCGUUUACCUUUGACGAAUUUCAACAUUCUCUUGAAUGCAAAUCCGAGAAUAAUCCUCUUCUUCGAUCAAUACUGAGUGCAAUGCUUUUAUUCUUAUUUUUCGACAAAGGCGCCAACAAACAGGAUGUUAAUCGUUCAAUUUACAAGAUGAAAAAGUUGUACAAUCAAGUUAGAACAAAGGAUCAAAGAAUCAUUAAUCUUCCUUCAAGAAAACAAGUGAUUAAUCGAGAGGCAACUGUCUAUAUUUCUCAAGUAAUGCCCAUAAUUUUGUUACGAGAGUAUUGGAGAGCAUUUAUGUCUCACGAAAUGAUUGACAUUCCUGAGGAGGAAUUCAUGACUAAUACUGCAACCAAGGAAAGCAAUGGCACAACAGAAGCAUCCGUUGAAGACUCUACCACAAUCAAUCAAACAACUCCAAUCGAAGAAGGUAUCAAACAAUCAGAAACCAACACUCAAAAUGAAAGCGCUCACAUCCCAACCAACAAAGUUGAAGAAUCCAACCAAGAACCACACCCUUCUGAACAACAGAUAGAUUCUGCUGCUACGGUCGAGUCGACAACACCGGCAUCAACAAUCACCUCUAAUCCAACUACUAACCUUCCUGAGAGUACUCCAUCGAAUCAUAUUCACGAAAAUAACCAUACAAAUGUUAAAGAGGAGAAAACAGACGACGCCACCAAUAUCAAACAAGAAACAACAGAUGAACAAAAGCCUGUUGCAAAACCUCCAAACUUGAUAGUCACUGUUAUGAAAUUUAUCAAGGAUGACAAUUACCAUAAUGAGAGUGAGAUUAACUUUUUCACACACUUGGAAUCUAAUGCUAAAGUCUAUAUUCUGAGUAAGCUUACUGAACAAUGUAUCCAAAGUGCAACAAUUCGAGAAUACAUUGAUGAGGGUAUUGAACGCAUGAGACUACUCAAACGACAACGAAAUAUUGAAAACAAUGAAGAUAUUGAGAAACAAAAAGAAGAAGCAUCUAAACAAGAGGCUGAUGAAUCAUCCAAUAAUAAUAAUCGGCGAUUUACAAGCGAAGAGGUCAGAACACGAAAAGUGGAACGAGAGAAAAACUAUCAAACAUUGGUCAAUCAGCAUGUCAUACGAGCAAAACACCUAGGUUUUGAUCGGUUCUUCAACAGAUAUUGGUUCUUCCCAUCCUUCACAGGAGUGCUUUUUGUGGAACCAUGUUCUCCUUUCAGAGACUUUUCUAAUAGCUCUGCUGAAGAUCCUGUUGACACUCGCCCAUGGGGAUAUUAUUCAUCCAAGAAGGAAAUUGAAAAGUUAAUUGCUGUGCUUGAUUCAGGUGGAUUCCGUGAAAAGAAACUUCUGAAUAGUCUCCAAAAAAACAAGGAAGAAAUAUUUAAACAAGUCGAAUUAAGGUGUUCUGUUGUUUCCAAGUUCUCCUCCUCAACGGAAGCCUCUGCAGCGACAAGUGACAAUGCCAUGAAGGAUGAAGAAGCGCCUGCUGCCCCAUCAUUAACAGACACAACAACAAAUACCUCUACCAUUUCUAAUGAUACUGAAGAGCCCGUAGAAAACAAGAUGGCUGUAGAUGCUGACUCUACAGAUUCACCAUCUUCAAAGAAACGAAAACAUAUGGAUGACAGCCAAUCUGACACGAGUGAAAUAUCGUCAAACUCAGCCCAACCAAACACUAAGAAAACCAAAACAGAACAAACCCUCUCAGAACAAGCAAAGAAUAUCAAAGUAUUCAUUCCUUCUCCUCAAUCAUUUGCACCUGAUGCAUUCCUUCACUACAAGAAUACUUUAGAAGAGAUUAUUCCUCAAGACUCUGAAUGUUUCAUUGUCGAGACAGAAGAAGACGAAGAAGAUGAAUAA